AUGCCUCCUAAAAAGAAUAAUACCAAUCCUGAUGAAGAAUUUGUGAGUGUCACUUUCAUGAAGGAACUGUUAGACCAACAGAAACUAUACUACAAGGACCUUUUAGACAGACAAGAACAGAACUUUCGAUCUUUCGUGCAAAUGAUUAAUGACUCUACUAACCAAAGAAUGGACAACCUAGUGCGAGAAAUGCAGGAUUUGAAAUCCAGCUUACAGUUUUCCCAAGAUGAACUGAAAGACCUGAAGGCCGACAAGGAUAGCAAUCUGAAGAAGAUAAAACAGUUAGAACAGGAUAUUGCAUCUCGCAACGACGAUGUGUCCACAGGUCUCACUGAAAAACUAGACUACAUCGAAAACCAAUCAAGACGAAAUAAUCUGAUCUUUGAUGGCAUCAAAGAAGAGAAAGGGGAAACAUGGGAGCAAGCUGAGAUGAAAGUUAAAGACGUGAUCAAGAAGAAGCUGCACAUAAACCCAGUCAACAUUGAGAUUGAGAGGGCACACAGAAAUGGAAAGCCAGGAGAGAGGCCACGUCCAAUCGUCGCAAAGUUCCUCCGCUAUAAGGACAAACAAACCAUCCUCGGGAAAGCCAAAAUGCUGAAAGGGACUUCAAUCUAUGUGAACGAAGACUUCUCUGAUAGAGUUAGAAGGAAGAGAAGGGAGCUCCAGCCAGCUUUACGUGCAGCUAGAGAGAGAGGACAGUUAGCAUACAUCAGAUUUGACAAAUUAGUCAUCUCAGACCGCACACGCGAGUAUGCUGGCAUUUGA